UUCAUAUAAUGCCGUAUGGCCGGCUCAUGCGUUGCCAAUGUCAUGCGUAACGUACUGCUAGACUUCCUGACACUUCAAUCACUGUGGCCUAUUGCCUCCAUCUUAGUUCUGCACGAUGUGUGCAUCCAAAAUGUGCUCUUAAAACAGAUCUUUCCUAAAAAAUAUUUACAUUGCCGGAACUUCCUGGAUUCGUCUUGGGUGAAAUCACAAGUCUUGAAGGAGACGUUGGAGACGCGAGGGGUAAUGGGUCAAAUCAAGGCCAGAGUUCGUGCUGAGGUGUUCCAUGCCCUGGACGACCAGAAUGACCCAAGACCUCCGCUUAGUAAUGAGAACAUGCUCAUCAAUGAACUCAUCAGAGAGUACCUUGAGUUCAACAAGUACAAGUAUUCAUCAUCGGUGCUCAUGGCAGAAUCUGGUCAACCACAGACGCCAUUAGACAGAGAGUUCCUAGUCAAUGAGUUGAACAUCACUGAAGACAGAGAGAGUGCAACAGUCCCCCUCCUGUAUGGAAUCCUUAGCCACUUCCUACAGACUAAAAGAACUGCAGCCAGUAAAGAACAUAGCAGAACUGCAAAGGCAACAAGUAAAGACACCAGGCUUGGCCACAACAGAAUACCCCUUACAACACAAGAUGGCGAGUUUUCUGGGUCUACAGAAGAGCCUUUGGUGCUGAGAGGAGGCAGCCGGAGGUAGCAGGAAUGCAUGCUUUUUAUGAACUCCUGGGGGCGCUGUUUGACCUACUCACAAGAUUCCAGUGGAAGGGGGGGGGGAUUUUCAUAAUACGGUGGAACACAUCAAAGUUAGGCUGCAUCCAAAUUUCUUGUCUUGCUAUUAGACAGCUACACAGGCAUAUGCUGGAAAAUAGCCUAAACGUUGGACACCCAUUUCAGAUGUCUUGAGCCUCAAAGCGUGCAGUGCAUGCUAUUGAUUUCCAUUUGACUGAAAAGCACCACAAUAUUCACUUUUGCAGGUUUGAUAAAAUGUCCAUACGGUACGAUAAGCUAACAGGAAAAAACUAGGGUUACAGCUUACAAGUGUUAUUCAUUACCAAUUGAAGUUGCCAAUACAUAUUUUCAAAUUAUAUUCAGUAACUUUUACACCUCGUUGGCAUUAAGAAAUUAAAGUAUGCAGCCUAUCUGAAAGUCA